CAUGUUUCUGAUACAUUAUUGUCAUACCUGAGAUUGAUUUUCAGGUAAAAUAUAAUCUUCUCAAGUGGUCUGUCGAUUUAAGUAAACAAUUUCAUUCUUCAACGAUCAGAUUUCUAAACCGUUAUCGGUGUUGGAAGUGAAAUACGGAACUAUUUUAUAACAUACAUGUACAUGUAUUGUUUGAUAUGAGAUGAGUAUUAUUCAUUCAACAGUGACCUGUAUCCAUCGAAAUGUAUUUUUAAAACCUACCGGAAGGAAACUCAUUUGAAGUGGGACUAAUUGUUACGUAUGAACAGAGUUUUCACGCACCUUAGAUAAUAUCUGAUGAUGAAUUAUAUGUACUGUUUUAUACUGUAGCCAGCAGGUGCGAGAUAUAUGUAUUGUAAAACCACCGUACAUCAACAUUUGUCAAUUUUUACAAUUUAAAGUCGUAGUUUUAGAAAUUCGACAGUUUAUGACUAGAGUGAAAUAUACAGUAUAGUGUUUGGUUAAAUGUAUAUUCGGAAGUGAUUAUGUUUAACUUUAGUUUAAAGGAGGAAGUAAUUUAAAUUCUUUUUAAUAAUAAACCGUGAAUUAAAAGAGGAUUUAACAAAAACAUGGGUUGUUUUCAUAGUCAAGAUGGAAUACCAGAAUCCGACUCAAAUGUUGAAACUUUAUACCUUGCAAGACGUGUUCGAUCUAAGAAAAUUCAAAACAGCGCGGCGAAGGCGAGUGGAAGUCAAUUUAACGAUAUCACGGCAGAUGUAUCCAAGGACAAAACUUUCCAAAGUAAAAACUUAGCAGCGGAGGUGAACAAUUCGUCAAAAGACGUUCAAGGGAAGGCCUAUUCUAUUUUCCCUAAGUGGAAAGGAUAUAAGAUGUGUAACGCUUGUGAAGACACCGAGUCUAAAACAGUCAAUAAGGGGUUCAAACACAGGGGACAUUGUAAUAGGUGUUCUAUGGUCAAAGAAAUGAAAAACAAUCUCCGUAAAAACUCGCCACAAAGCAUGAACAUUACAGCCUUUGCCAAUCUUUUAGCAUUGACCACAUUAGAUCUGACUGCCCCUGCAAGUGAUGCCUUGGUUAAGAACAGAAAAAAUACAUGGAUACAGCUAGCUGGUCACCCUGGGUCCUUUGCACCAGCAGGCCCCAAUACUAUAUGGAAGAAGAGAAUCACCAAAGACAACACAGAAACCAAAGCCUACGAGGCCUUAAUGGCUGAUGAAGCCCAUAGCAUUAUACCAAUAUUUUAUAGAGAAGUGGAAUAUAAUGGGGAUUUUUUCAUAGAAAUGGAAGACUUGUUACAACAUUUUGACAACCCCAACAUCAUGGAUAUCAAAAUUGGAACAAGGACGUUUUUAGAAUCUGAAGUAAAAAAUCCUGUUUUACGAAAAGAUCUAUAUGAAAAGAUGAUUGACCUUGACCCUGAUGCCCCAACAGAAGAUGAAAGGGACCAACAAGCAAUAACCAAACUCAGGUAUAUGCAGUUUAGAGAACAAGAAAGUUCAACAGCUGCAUUUGGUUUCAGAAUAGAAGCUUUAAGAGUAGCUGGAGAACCACCAGAGACAAACUUAAAGAAAAUUAAAACAAAAGAUCAGGUACAACAGAUUUUUAAGAAGUUUCUUAAAGGGAAAUCCACAGUACGAUGUAAUUUAUGUGAAAGACUCAGAACUAUCAGGCAGACGUUUGAAAUCUCAAAAUUCUUUAUGUCACGUGAGAUGAUUGGCAGUUCCGUCUUGGUUAUAUUUGAUGGAAACAAUGCAAGUGGGGCGUGGCUUAUUGACUUUACAAAAACUAUGUUGAUGACCGAUAUAACACUGACUCACCGAGAGCCAUGGACCCUAGGGAAUCAUGAAGACGGCUAUUUAUUUGGAUUAGAUAAUCUCAUUCAGUUCUUUGAUAACCCAGAUAUAGACGAGGUUCCUGGUUCACAGCCUUCAUCCAGUAACCAGGAGGUACCAGUAGAAGAUGGAACUUGAACAGGAAGUUAAUGUUGCCACCGGUAACAAGGAUGAGAUAACUUUGCUCAUUUUAAAACAUUCCAAUGUUUUAUUCUUUCUGCAAAUCCGACAGAUGCAUGUGUUCAGAUCAGAAAUCCAUGGUUUUCAUUAUUUAUAAAACAAUCUGAUAGAACUACUGCAAACCAACUUAUUUUUGCGCAUACUUUAUUUUGUGUCAAGUGUCUCAUUGGGGUCUAAGCGUGACGCUGGAUUUGACAAUGUUUUGUAAGCAUGACACGUGAAAGUCAAAUUGUUGUGCCAUGAAAAAAUGAGGUCUAGCGGAACGCUGGAAAUAACAAAAAAAUGAGAAUUACUUACGUACAUAGUGUAAGCAGGAUACAGGAAUCUGACAAAACAAUAAACAGAAGCUGGGAUCAGAACCCCCUAAUGAGGCACCCUGUUAAGCCCUUUCUAUCCCUUUUUCCUGCCAUUUAAUUUCCUGAUUUCCAAAUUUACUUGAUCUAAGUUUUACAUAUUCACAAUGAUUUAUAUUCAUGUUAUUUUUCUACUCGUGAAAAUAAAUCACUCGAGAAAAUAAGUUGGUUUACAGUAUACUAUUAACUAAUCAUUAUAUAUAUAUAAACGCUCAUAUGUUUGAAAAGGAUUUUUUUAUGGAUUGUGCUUUGAUAGUGGUGUUGAGUGAGAUUGAAUAUACCAAAUUAUUCCAAGGGAGAUAACUGUAUUUCUGUCUAAUUUUAUUUUUAGUUUGUAACAAGAAUAUGUGAAAUUGUUGAGUUUAUUUCUCAUUUGAUACAUAUUUUGAACAAUUUGUGGGAAUAAUUGAAUGGUAAAUUGUAUGAAAAAUUUAUAUAAAAUAACAAGAACUAUAAAACUUUAUACCAGAAGGAUAUUUAAACUUUGAGGUUUUGAAAUCAGCAAGAAAUAUAAGGGUUGCUAGAAUUGAAUAAUGCAUAGCCUCAGAAAUAUAUGGGUAAUGAAAUAAUAAAAACUGAAAAUGUGAGAUAUGAAGAUGAAGUGAUUUUAUUGAAUAGCAUUUGAUUAUCUCCCUUAUAUAGAAAUUUCUAUGUGAAAAUGAUUUUGAAAAAUAACCUAUUUACUCAUUUACAAAAUAUUGACAGUUUUUCAUCUAUUAGACAUUUUCAUAUAAAGUCCCUUGUCAACAAUUUAUUGUAAACUGUAAAACACAAUAUCAUUCAGUUUGCUUUUUUGCUGUGGUCUUUUUGAUCUGGAAAUAUUAAAUUGCACAAUGUUUAACAAAUAUGAGUCAUUAUAUACAUCAAGUUUGAAAAACACCAAUAAAAACCAGGUUAAUGGACAACUAAUAGAAGAUUACAUUUGUAAUUCAAAUAAUUGCACUAAAUGUGUAGGUAUCUUUAACAUCAUUGGGUCUAAGGUAGAGAUUUUCCACAUCUUAUUAUAUUAUAAUGUUUGCUGUUUUUGUCUAACUUAUAUUAUUCUUAGGGACGACAUCAAAAGUUCAAUGUAGGAUAAAAAACUUAAUUCACAUAGUUUUUUCACUGACCCCACCCCCACCCCCCCUUCUUAACUUUAUUUGGGAAAAAUUGAUUUACCAAUAGGGAUAUAUGUAAAAUUUGAUUUUAGAUAUUACAAAACUUGCAGAAUUUCAACCACCCCCCUUCCCCCCAAACUAUUUGAUUUAAGUUUUUUAUCCUACAUCAAUCUUUUGAUAUCGUCCCUUAUUGGCUGAACCGGGUAAAUAUGUACAGGAGAUUAAACUCUAGUCUAGAGUUUAUUUUAUUGAAGGAUCAACCAGUUACAGAAAGUCAUUUUAAAUUCAUAGGGCAAAAUAAAUUUUGAUUUAUAUUAAGGUGGUACCUAACACUACAGGGAGAUAACUCUGUAAAGUCAGCUAAAUGUUUUAAUUACGUUGGGUUGUAAAAGGAAUAUUAAGCUUCUCAAUGAACAAAAUAUUUUUUUGUCAAACUGCUAUAUAACCACUGUAUUUUUUUCUGAUUCAACGGUUGGUUCAAUUUUUUUUGAAACUUUUAUAUAUUUUUGUCAAAUGUUCAAAGUAAAUACUUUGUCAAAAUUUUAAGAAAUUAAACGAGCCAAAUUAAUUUUAGUUAAUGUGUUGGGUACCACCUUACUUGGUAAUUAUGUUACUAUUUUAUGUAUACACUAGUCAUUUUACAUACAGGGUUUUGAUUUACACAACUUUGAUAUUUAUGUACACAUGAGCAUGAAUACAGAUUGUUUCUUCUUAAAGUAUUAAUUUUAUGUAUCAUAUUUUUUAGCUGUCAAGUUUUUUUUAUUUUUAUUUCCAAAUAGUAGUUGAUUUGGUUUUGGGAUCCCCUUACUGGUACCUUUGAGGGCUAUUCCAUUCCAAUGGAUAAGGGUCAGUAGGAAGUAGUUGAUUUGGUUUUGGAAUCCCCUUACUGGUACCUUUUAGUGGCUAUUCCAUUCCAAAGGAUACGGGACAGUAGGGAGUAAUGUAUUUGGUUUGGAAUCCCCUUACUGGUACCUUUGAGGGCUAUUCCAUUCCAAUGUAUAAGAGACAGAAGGGAGUAGUUGAUUUGAUUUUGGAAUCCCCUUACUGGUACCUUUUAGUGGCUAUUCCAUUCCAAUGGAUAAGGGACAGUAGGGAGUAAUUUAAAAAAAAAUACUCACAUCCAUCAUGAGUCAUUUAGCUACAUAAAAUGGACAAAAUAUUAUAAUUGGCCAACAACAAUAUGAAAAAAAAAAAUGUUUGCUUCCUUCCUCCCACACUCAAUGGUAUAACAUCACAAAGGUGUUUCCCAUUUUGACAGAAGCAUUUGAAUUCAUUAGAUUACCACACCUGCCAAUUUUUUCAAAAUGCCCAUGGGGGUUUUGCGUGCAAGAUGGCUGUCAUAGACCUAAAAAACCUUAAAGGGGGCCUUUAAAUACAUUUUAAUGUUGUUUUUUGGCUUCUUCAUACUUUAAUAAGACUAAUGUCAUUGUAAAAUUAAUUGUUUUGUUUUAAAUUGUUGACAAAAUUGCUAUUUCAAAAUUUCAAUUUGGAAGCAAAUAGUGACAGUUGGCAGGUAUGGAUUACCUGUUAAAAAUAUAUUUAAUGAAUGAUUAUAUGAAAAAAGCUCAUUUAUCCACUUUUUUUUUAAUGUUAUCUUUUUUAUAAUUUAUAUUAUUUAAGAAUAAAAGGAUAUUUUUUUUUUAUUUUUUCAGUUGUUAGUAGGUUACUCAUUUAAAUGAGUUAAAGGAAGAAAUAUUCAUGUGGCUUUAAGUAUACAGAUAAAAUUUACUAAUUACAAUGUAAUAUGCAAUUUUUAGUAUUUUUAUUGCAUUUUGUCAUAGGACAUGGCAUUAUUUUAAGGUAAGUCUUAGAAAUAAGAGCUGUCAAUCACAAUUUUAAAGUAAAAGGUGUCAUUCACAAGACACUUUAAAUUCUAGAAUUAAGAAAAAAAACAUUUCAUAAACAAAUUCAUCAAGGAUAUAUAUAAUGAAAUCUGGCUAUUUGCAUUCAAAAGUUCUUAAAUAUUUGAAGUUAAAGUUGUUUAAAUUAUCAGGAUUAAGAAAAUUAAAGAAUGUGAGGCAUGGUAUUUUUGAUUUUUUUCUCUUUAUUUUCUAAAAAAAGAUGCAUUGCAUUCUCAAUGUUUCAGAUCAAAGGUUAAGGAUAUUUCAGUUAUUAGAAAUGUUGUCAGAGGCUUGAUUUAGGUACCAUAACCUUAGAUUCAACAGGGGAAAAUAUGGUAUUGUUUCAAUGAUAUUAGGAUUAAAAUUUCAGCUUCAUGCAGUUUUAGUUUGAUGACAAGGAAGAGUCAGAGCUUUGUUUUGUUUGACAAGGAAGAGUCAGAGCUUUGUUUUGUUUGACAGGGAAGAGUCAGAACUUUGUUUUGUUUGACAAGGAAGAGUCAAAGCUUUGUUUUGUUUGAAUUCUUAUCACAAGAAAAGUUUUAGAUUUGUUUUGUUUCCAUUCUAAAGCUUUACGUGUAAUAUUAAAAAAAAAACCUAGUUUUUUUGUAAUUUUAUAAUGUGACAAUAACGCCUUAUUUUUUAAGAAGAGCAUUACAGUGAUAUUAUAUGUGUAACGCCAGUAUUUUGGUUUUGUUGUACAAUAAAUGAAAACACACCAAA